CGGGCGGAGUGAAGUCGCGCCGGGAGAUUCGAGCCCUGUUCGCGGGACUGAAAGCUUUAACGGUCCCUGUGUGACCUGCUACAUUUGGAGCCAUGUUGUUACCCUGUGUGAUCCUACAGAGCGGAAUCAGCAGCUGUUAAACAUUCACUUCCAUGCAGAUGGAGGCCAUGGAGGUAGACUCCCCGGUGGAGGUGCAGGCAAGAGGCGGCAGGCAGGCGGCUGCUCCUGCAGCCGAGGACGCCAACGUGCCGCACGUCAUCUCAGACUCUGGCAGCAGCACCGAGGUGGACGAGGAUGACGAUGAUGACAACGAAGGAAGGCCGACGGCAGCUCACGCACCGCCCAGGCUUCCCGCCACCUGGGCGUUCAGUCAGAGAGCGGUGGGCGGCGCUGCGUCCACACCUUCAGCAGCUCAGGGGGCGCCCAUACGGAGGAGACUCAGGCAGGGCCUCAGGGUGCACUACCCCAGCCAGACUGCCGCGCCCUCCAGAGGCUUUCCAGACUUCCUGCUCCGAGCGCCGGCUGCUAGUGUGGCUGAACCAGAGUCCGGCAGCACCACAGAGAUCAGCGAGUCUGACGAGGAGGAGGAGGCAGAGGAGGAUGAAGGAGGCGCACCUGCUGCUGCGCGGCCAGUCGACCCCGUGCCGCCUGCCAGUCCUCGCCUUAACCUCUCCAUCCAACUCGCGCAACCACAGGAAGCCGGCCCCACCGACUCCAGUUCAGCCGCAGAUGGUGAGAGGACCGAAGCUCAAAAGCAGGACGUCCAGCCGGUCCCUAUGACCUCGGCUUCUGUCCAGUCGUCGCAAGGCGAGGAGGGCGAAGGCGAUAUCUGCACCAUCUGCUUUGAGGCGUGGACAACAGCGGGCGAACACAGACUGUCCGCUCUGCGCUGCGGACAUCUCUUCGGCUUCACCUGCAUCCAGCGCUGGCUGAAAGCUCAGGGCCCGGCCGCCAAAUGUCCACAGUGCAACAAGAAAGCCAAACGUUCAGACAUCGUUCUGCUGUACGCUCCAAAGCUGAGAGCGCUCGACAACUCCGAGCAAGAGAUCUUAAAGAAGUCUCUGGAGCAGGAGCAGUCUCUAAGAAGGAAGGCUGAACUGGAAUCAGCUCAGUACAAACUGAAACUGCAGGUCGUCACCAGCAAAUAUGGACAAGCGCAACAAGAACUGCAGGAGCUGAGGACUCUGAUGGCCCAGGCCGGUCGAAGCUCAGUUCCGUCCUCGUCCUCCUCCUCGUCCUCCUCGGCGUCUACCUCGCUCCUCCUCGGCCCGUCUCAGUCUAGGACGGCCCAGUACAGUUUCUCCAAGGCGGUGCUGGUGUCUCAGGCCGGAGGCUCCAGGGUUUUAUCCUACUGUGAACCUCUGAGCUGCCUGCUGGCCUCGCAGCCUUCCCCUCAGUCCACACUGGUGCCUGGUUGUGGGGUGAAGAAGGUGAGCGUUGUCAACAUGAAGGCCAGUCAGUACGUCCCCAUCCACAGUAAACAGAUCCGAGGUCUGUCCUUCAACAGACAGAAUGACAGUCUGCUGCUGUCUGCUGCCCUGGACAACACCAUCAAACUGACCAGUCUGCUGACCAACACAGUGGUUCAGACCUACAACGCAGGUAAACCCGUGUGGAGCUGCUGCUGGUGUUUGGACAACAGUAACUACGUCUACGCAGGUCUGAGCAACGGCUCUGUGCUCGUCUACGACACCAGAGACACCAGCACGCACGUCCAGGAGCUGCAGCCGCUUCGCUCCAGAUGCCCGGUUGCGUCUCUGUGCUACGUCCCGCGGGCGGCGUCCAGCUCGUUUCCCUGCGGCGGCCUGAUCGCCGGCUCUCUGGAAGGCGGGUGUUUCUGGGAGCAGGUCAACGAGACCACAUACAGACCGCAUGUCCUGCCGCUGGAGACCGCCGGCUGCACUGACAUCCAAGUGGAGACGGAGAGCCGACACUGUCUGGUCACCUACAGGCCGGGACGCUCCAACCCGUCUCUGCGCUGCGUCCUGAUGUCUCUGAACAGGACGCCUCAGCAGGACUCGAGUCAGCUGCCCAGCUGCUCCUGCUCUCCCGUGCAGACCUUCAGCGCCGGCUCGUCCUGCAAACUGCUCACCAAGAACGCCGUUUUCAGGAGUCCGGAUGGAGGCGGGACGCUGGUCUGCGCCGGGGACGAGGCUUCAAACUCAACAAUGGUGUGGGACGCGGGCAGCGGCUCUCUGCUCCAGAAGCUUCCGGCAGACCUCCCGGUGUUGGACAUCAGUCCGUUCACGGUGAAUGGCGAGCACUUCCUGGCCUCGCUCACUGAGAAGAUGCUGAAGAUCUACAGGUGGGAGUGAACUGGUUUCAUCCAGACAACAAGGCGCGUCCCAGAGCACAAGGAGAAACUGUGGAAAAACCAAAUGCUGCUGAACUUUUAUCUGUACGUUUAGACACACAAAAACUGAUUACUGGGAGGGAACGACGGGAAGAAACAUUUCAAAGUCACUGUCAACAUCAUUCUUUUUUUUCUAAAUAUCCGCCUUACUGCAUCUGGCACAGAAAGCCAAACGCAGCCUGAGUCAGGUGUAAAUAGAUUGUGUUUACAUGAGUCAGAGGCCAAAUUAUUAACGUCGACGUGAACACGCUCGUUGACCCGACCGAGUGAACAGAAGGUGUUUUCUGUCCUGUUGGUGGGGACCAGGUGUGAGCCGGUAUUGGAUGGACGUGAUACUGAAAAUGUGGAGGCUCAUCAACUACAAGUUGUGGAUGCUUUCCAUUUCUUGUGACAUUUCAGGGUGCGCAGCUUCAUGUCUUUUCCUACAUGUCCAGGCAGCCAUUGGUCCCCAUUCCUUUUUGUAUAGUAUGAAAAUCAGUUUAGCAGACUGGUGGAACUUGUUUGACUCGUCCAGUCCAUCAGUCAGCAGCAAGUUUGAGGAUCCAACUUACUAUUUUCAUUAUCAGUCAAUCUGCUAUCUAUAAAAUGUGAGAAUAUGGUGAAAAUGUUCCGAACAAUCCGAGCAACCUCAUUCAUUUUAUGAUCACGAAGGACAAAAGCAGAACGUUGCCACAUUUGAGGAGAUAAAAUCAGCAAAUAUUUUGCAUUUUUGCUUGAAAAAGAAAAAGGCUUAAAUGAUUGAUCAAUUAUCCCAACAGCUGUUUCGUCUCUAAGUCUGUUUGUUGUAUCAUGGUAAUUAAGCAAGCACAGGUUAAUUGGAGAAAUCUUCUCUGCAUUAUCUCCCAUACUAAAGCCUGAUCAAUAUAUCCGCCGCUGUUAUCUUAUGAUCAGCGUAACACCAACUGACAGAUGUGUUUGAGGUCAUUUUCACACUGUAAAAUGUCCAGCUCUCUACGUACCCUUAUUAUAAUUCUUUAAAAACCAAGGUAAGGGAUUUUUAUUAGAAAUGUGACGAGGUAUCUGCUUUACAAGAUCCAUUAUUGAUCUGACUUUUCUCCAAAUGGUCAUGUAAAGUAAGAACUGCUAAUAUUUUCUAACAUCUAAACUGAUGGCUGCUUGGAAAAGAAGGAAAAAAUGUGUGUUCUUCAUCACUGCUGAUUUUUUUCCAAGUCAUAUCAGCACCGUAUAGAGAGCGACUUAAAUGACUGAUAGAUAAAUAUAUACUUUAUUUUUUAGUCAGUCAAUUUUUUUAAGAUUUAAGACCAGAGAACAGAAGACAACAGAAAAACAUUAACAGUGUUCAUGUUUGCCCAUCGUCUUAUUUUGUGGAUUUGAUUUAACGACAGAAUUAGCCGGUCGCUGCAGCUACGGAACUGAAGUUUGGGAUGUCAGAGGAUCCUUGAAUCCACCACAAGCAGCGGGUUAGAAAAGAUAUGUUUGCAUCAGCGUGAACACACGGAAAUAAGUAGAUGUUCACCGUCAGCAGGUUGCACACGGAGAUGAAAUGAACCUGUUGGCUGAAAGGGAUAAGAAACUGGUCAGAAGUGAUCUCAAAUGUUCCUGAGUUGUAGUUAAUGUGUUAAAAUAAAGAAAUCCACAGACUGUUCUCCAAAUUCAGCCAAUGGAACAGCAGGGAGGAUUCUCCAGAGGAGUUCUCCGAUAGAAACCAGGAUCCUGUGGCAUAGAAAGACCUGGUCCUGGUUUCAGAACAUCCUCUGUAGCUGCAGAACAGAGCGGCUCAGAGGGCGAGAGUUUCUCAUGAUCCAUGUUAAGAACUUUUCCCGAAUAAGACCACAACCAGGAUACCGAUGCGCACAUUAACGCCAUUUUUAGCUGACAAAUACAUGAGGUGUACCAGCGUUCUACCCUUUGAUUUAAAAUAUGAACCCACCCGAGUUGAACGAAGCAGGACUUCACCUUCCAGCUCUGAAACAGUCACCUGAGACCGAAGAUCACAUGAAGAAACUGAGUCGAUUCUUUUUAACUUCAGUCCCCCGUCUGAGCCCGAACAUUAAGUGCCAAAACAUUUUACUUUCCUCGUUGUCUUUCUAAAGGAAGGUGUGUGUGUGUGUAUGUGUGUGUAUAUAUAUGUAUAUUUGCUACCAACUGUUUGUGUACGACUUCAAAGUUAAUAAAAAUGAGUCCUUUUAAUUGAA